AUGAUCGAAGAAGAGCCUCAAUAAAGUGAUCAGACUAAAGUUCUAUAAUUAAUUCAUACCAAUACUAAAAUAACAAAAUAAUAAGCUUCGUAAAUGAAUUUAAUGAAAUUAGUUAAACAAUGUUAAUUAUAAUUCUAAAUUGAAUAAAACUUUAGAGAAUGCAGCUAAUAUUUAUCAGAACUGGCUAUUAUUUAUCUAAAAUAACACUAAUAUUUGAAAAAAGAUAUUGAAAUACUCUAAAACUCUCUAAUUGAUUAAUUUGAUGAAUAAUAAUAGAAAAAGCAAAAUAAAAAAAAGACAAUAGAUAAAGAUAAAAUUAAGCAAAUGAAAGAAAAGGAUUCAUUUGAUAAUGAACCUUAAUUUAGUUUUAAAGAAAAUCCAAAAAACAUUAUUGCAGCAGAAAAAUUAUAAUUAGUCGAACAGUAAAAAUCUUCAAUGAAUAUGCAACAAUUACUUAAAAGAAAUAAUAAUUAAUAAACAGAAUAUGAAAUUGAUAGUAUUGUUAAAGACUUAUCAUAAAUUUAUAAAUGCUCUUUAUCUGAUAUAUUGAACAAAAAAAAAUAAGAAUUAAGAUUUAAAAGGAAUUCAAAUAAUAUAGAUUAAUCGAAGCAACAACUUGUUUAUAAUUUUAAUAAUUAAGAAUAGGAGAUUAAAGAAGAUGAUUAUAAUUUAGUUGAAGAAGUAAGUUAAACUGAGAAUCCAAUUAUUGAAUAUCCAGAAAUAUCAUAAAAGUAAAAUACAAGUAAAAUUGUUAAAAAAUAAAACAAAAAGAAUUAUAAUAAGGAUAAUAAAGAAAUUGAAAAAAGAAAUAGAAAAUCAAAAAUGUCUUUAUUAAAAAAAACACCUGAGCUAGAUUCUAAAAUAAAAGAAGACACAGAUGAAGUAUUUAAAAAUAAUCUAAAGACAUUUAUGAGGCAUAAAGAAAAAAUUAAUGAACUAAGUUUAGAAAUAAACUAUUUAUAACUUGAACCAGAAUUUUGGAGACAUGAAGAUGAAUUAAUAGGUUUAAUUAAUAAGAUAUCAUUUUGUUAAGAUUCUCAUUAGAAGUAAAAAUAAUUUUAAGUAGAAACAUUUAAAAUGAAAAUAAUAUUUUAAUUUUUGAUAACUUGACAACAGAUUUAGAUCAUAAAAAAGUAGUUGCACAAAAUUUCGGCGAAAAUUCCUAAAUUAAAUAAAGUAUAUCAGAAUUUGCCAAUCUUGAUUUUUCCCAAACUCCUCAAAAAUUAAACAAAAAAGAAGAUAAUUCAUAAAUUUAUUUAAAUCUAAUAGAAGAUCUUCAUAUUGCUUAUGGAAAAAAUAGUACAUUAAGUUCAAAUAAAGUAUUAAUAUUAUUUAUAUGAAGUUUUUUGAAAUUUGUGAAAAAUACUAAAGUAACAAACCAAAAGCAUUUUAUGAUCUUUUAAUAUUAAGUAGAGUUGGCAUGGUUUAAAUUAAAAAUACAUAAAAUUAGUAGUUUUUUAGCAAGAUUUAAAUAAUUAUUUGA